CCAGCGAUCCCAGGGUGCUUCAGUGGACAACAAGGGACGGAAGCGAAGGAUCGCACAGCCGCCCUGAGGAGAGGAAAAAAAACCCAGCAAGAGAAGCAACCGGCUCCGUGUCAGAAUCAUCUUCGUGCGCGGCAGAUCGGCAGUAGUCGGGGAACAGUGAGCGAGGCUCGCCGACCCUCCGGUCGCCAUGGUGCAGACGGACAAAGUGCCCCCGGGCCCCCAGGACAGCGGCAGCAACAGCGGCGGAGGAGACUGCUCCCCGCCCGCACAACCCUCCCCUGUCCCCGUCCCCGCGGCCGAUGUUGGCCUCCCCGUCCCGCCCGGCGACCCUCCGGCCACGGCCGAGCCCAGCGCCACCGACGCCCCCGAGCCCACCCCCACCUACGGCGGCCUCGACAAUCGGCCGGCGCCGCCUCGCACCGACUCUCCCGGCGGCAAGAAGUUUCUGUGCGGCGUCGUGGAAGGAUUUUAUGGGCGGCCCUGGAGCAUGGAACAGAGAAGGGAGCUCUUCAGAAGAAUGCGUCGAUGGGGAUUGAACACAUACCUAUAUGCACCAAAGGAUGAUUAUAAGCACCGAAUGUUCUGGCGAGAGAUGUAUUCUGUUGAAGAAGCAGAGCAAUUGAUGCAGCUGAUUACUGCAGCAAAAGAGCACAGUAUUGAGUUUGUCUAUGCCAUAUCACCUGGACUGGAUAUCACUUUCUCUAAUCAGAAGGAGGUUGCAACUCUUAAACGAAAAUUGGAUCAGGUGUCACAGUUUGGUUGCAAGUCUUUUGCACUGUUAUUUGAUGACAUUGACCACAACAUGUGUCCAGCAGAUAAAGAGGUCUUCAGCUCAUUUGCGCAUGCACAACUCUCAGUUACUAACGAGAUUUAUCAGUAUCUGGAAGAGCCGGAACACUUUUUAUUCUGUCCAACUGAAUACUGUGGAACAUUUUGUUACCCCAAUGUUGCCCAUUCCCCUUACCUCAAGACUGUUGGAGAGAAGCUUCUGCCUGGCAUUGACGUAUUGUGGACAGGUCCAAAAGUCGUGUCCAAAGAUAUCUCUGUGGAUUCUAUUGAAGAGGUCACCAAAAUAUUGAAGAGGUCUCCUCUCAUCUGGGACAAUCUACAUGCCAAUGAUUACGAUCAGAAACGCCUCUUCCUUGGGCCGUACAAAGGGCGGUCAACUGAGCUCAUUCCACGACUGAAAGGAGUAUUAACGAACCCCAACUGUGAAUUUGAAGGGAACUUUGUUGCCAUUCACACGCUGGCUACCUGGUACAAAUCCAACAUGAAUGGUGUGAGGAAGGAUGUCGUAAUGACUGACACGGAAGAGAACACCGUGUCCAUCCAGAUCAAACUUGAAAAUGAAGGCAGUGACGAGGAGAUAGAAAUGGAUGUCUUGUACAGCCCUCAAAUGGCUUUGAAGCUGGCCAUAACAGAAUGGAUGCAGGAAUUCGGAGUACCGCAUCAGUAUAACUGCCGAACAGUCCCUCACAGCGGCGCAAAGACAAACCCGAUUGACACGGGAGGGAUUGACACACCAUGCUUGAACUCCACUACCACAGUGACCACGGUCUACCAGCAGCCCAUCAUGAGUCAGGGAAGCCCACUGAGUGGCGAGCCAGUCUUACUGGCCAAGGAAGAGGAGGAAAAGAAACAGCAGUCCGAUGAAGAGCCAAUGGAGAUGGUAUUGGAUAAACCAGACGAGCAAGAAACCAAAAACGUUAAUCAGAUCCUUACAGACAUUGUCAAAGCCAAAAUGUCUGAGGAUCUCAAACCCAUGGAAAUGGACAAGGACAGUAUUGCUGAAUCCAAGUCUCCGGAGAUCUUUAUGCAGGAAGACACGGGAAGUGACAUGGCUCCAAUGCAGACAGAUGAGCAGUUGAACAAGGAACAGUACAUCCCAGGUCCCAACGAGAAGCCGCUCUUCGCCGCUGAGGCCAUGACUAUGGAAGACCUGAAUCUCUUGGCUGAGAUGUUCUAUCUGCCUUAUGAGCAUGGACCCAAAUCUGUUCAGAUGUUGAGGGAAUUUCAAUGGCUUCGAGCAAACAGUAGUGUUGUCAGUGUGAACUGUAAAGGGAAAGAUGCAGAAAAGAUUGAGAAAUGGCAUUUCAGAGCCACCAAGUUUGAAGAAAUGUGUCGCAGAGUAAUGCAGAUGUUUACUCGCCUGGCUAACUGUGAAAACCGAUCCAUUCUCUACGAUUUGUACCCAUACGUCUGGGACAUAAAGGGUGUUGUGGCCAUGGUGAAAUCCUUUGUCCAGUGGUUAGGGUGUCGUAGUCAAUCUUCAGCACAGUUCUUGAGUGGCGACCAAGAACCCUGGGCCUUUAGAGGUGGUCUAGCAGGAGAGUUUCAGCGUUUGUUGCCCAUUGAAGCGGCAAACGAUCUCUUCUACCAACCACCGCCACCCAUGCCGACGUCAAAAGUCUUCGCCAUCAGGCCAUACUUCCCAAAGGACGAGGCCUCGGUGUACAAGAUCUGUAAGGAAAUGUAUGAUGAUGAAAUGGAUGCCGGCUUGAUGUCUGAUCAGCCAGAUAUCAUCGGUGAUAGCUUGGUGGGUGGAUUUUUGACACUAAGCCCCGACUAUUGCUUUGUGUUGGAAGACGAGGGCAGCGUGUGUGGUUAUGCCCUCGGCAUUGUCGACGUGAACCCCUACGCCAGAAAGUGUAAAGUUUCCUGGAUACCCGCAAUGCGGGAAAAAUACAUUAAACCAGAAGCCAGUAAGGAGCUCUCCGAGGAACAGAAAAUGAUGUUGAGUUUCCACGAAGAGCAGCAAGGCCUGCCGGAAAACUUCCUCGCUUCCUUUCCCUCGCUGAUUAAAGUGGACGUGCACACGAAAGUGACAGAUCCCAGUGUCGCUAAGAGUAUGAUGGGCUGUUUGCUUUCUUCCUUAAAAGCUGACGGGUCUCGAGGAGCUUUCUGUGAAGUGAAACCCAGCGACAGGCGAGGGUUGGAGUUUUACAGCAAACUGGGCUUCCUGGAGUUGGCGAAGAUGGAGGGAUUCCCCAAGGAGAUGCUGGUGCUGGGAAGGAAUUUGUAACGUGCAGCCCCUUCAACGUAGUGUAAUUAAAGGAUGUGUAUAAUUAAAUGUAUCUAAAUUUAGCCUUAAGCUGAAUAACCUGUGUUUAAUAAUGUUUUAUAUUUUAUCUUUUUAAUUUGCAAUACACAAGGUGAACUCGACAUGGAACUUUGUGAAGUGGGUGAGCUUCCAAUGAUGCAAUAACAGUUAUUUGAUCUCCUUCCCCUUCUGACAUUUCAUCCCAGCCUUGCCUCCAAAUAUCGGGGAGUCUGAAGUUUCUCGUUUGGAAUCGGGGAACUUGGCCUCUGAGUAGGAAACUACUCGGUCCACUGCCCACGCCAUUCAAAAAGAGAGUGGUUUAGACUAUCCACUGCCUGAUUGCAGUCCUGGUGUGAGCAUGCUGUUAAAGCAGCCAUUUUGCCAUCACAAGGUGGCUGUGUUUAUAACUGACCACCCACAGGAGUAAUUGGAGUUCUUCAUCCCUGGAGCCCAGUUCAUUUUCACUAAGUGAGAUUUUAGGGCUUCAGUCGGUGAUUUUAAGAGUUUGCUUUCUGCAGCAUGUAUGCAUCUGUGAAAACUAAUGACCUUUUGAUACCUCUCUUUGAAGGCACUUUAUAAGUAGUGAAUCUCGAUCUGAAUGGUUAGUGGAAUUGCUCUCCGGAGAAAGGAAUGAAAUGUUGACAUUGGAAAUGAGCACAGCAGUACUGGACUGCAUACUGGGCCUGUCAACGUUUGUAAAGAAAGACGGGUUAAUAAUUUGGGUGGAUCAGAACGUAAUUAAAUGUACGUGAAACCGUUGCGUGUGGUGGGAGAGCUUGAUUGUACGCCAGCCCCAUGAAGCCGUCAUGCACUGGGGGGAGGGGUUACCUGCACUUACUGAAGGAAUCCAUUCCAGGUUGCUCAUCAGCAGUGUGCCAGCGUUCUCUCAGGCGUGCGCGACAGACCUGUCAGUUGCAGCUUGGUUUUGCCGCCAGUGGUGCAAACUGCUGGCCUUGGAGAGCGGACGUCCCCCGACAUCUGCUGCAGCUGGCCGUCGAUUUGAGAGAAGGCCGUGAGGCUGGGUCGAGACGGCAAUCACUGUGAACUUCCAGCAACCCAGGAAGCAAAGAGCACUUAUUACAAACUAUACAUUAUUGAAGUUCAGUGUAAACUAUUGUAGAUUGGAAGGUGCGUGUACAAUUAAAGUCAAAUGUCAAGUUCAUUUAAAA